UAUUUCAACCAUCUGAUCUUCGCACGGCUAUAUAUGACACAUCAAACUAUUUUUAUUAUAUUGCUUAUGGUCUACUCGUUUAUGUGUCACUUUUCUUUUAUUUUAUGACUUGUUAUACUGACCCUGGUUAUGUACCAUAUAAACGAAUACCUAAUUGGACUGGAGGCAUGAUGUCAACAUCAGACGAUGAUGAUGAGAAUGAAGGUAAUGGACAACAGCCAGUGACAACUAGUAACAAUUAUUUACGCAAAUGUCUUUUGUGCAAUAUUGAACAACCUCUUCGAAGUCAUCAUUGUGACUUUUGUAAUCGAUGUGUACUCAAAUAUGAUCAUCAUUGUCCAUAUUUAGAAACAUGUAUCGGUGAAUAUAAUCAUUGUUAUUUUUGGUGUUUUCUUCUUACAACAGAUAUACUUAUUGUAUGGUCAAUUAUGUUAUGCAGUGGUUCAUUUGUACCAUUCAGUGAUUGGUCGUCAUGGUUACAUAUAAAUAAAUUUCGUUUAUUUGCAAUGCAUGUUCUUAUUAUAUCCCUAUGUGCAACAACAAUACUUUUAUGUAUUCAUUCAGUUUUUGCUUUAACUAAUUCAACAACGUGGGAACGUGUAUCAAGACAUCGUAUAACAUAUUUAAAUCGUUUACCAAAUGAAGAUCUUAAUCCAUUUCAUCAAGGUUAUUGUCAUAAUUUUUUUUAUUCAUUUUUAUGUCGUCGUAUUAAAGAACAACAAUGGGAUAUUGUUUAUAAAAAACGUGUAGAAGAACAUGUUACUUUAUAUAUGUAA